AUGGCGCUGAAGGGAAUGGAAGAGAUCCCUCCCUCACGUCCUUCCCAGCGCCUCCCCAUUAACCACACACGUCCUACCCCCCACGACAGAACCCAGCCCGCCUUUCUCCGUCCCUCCCCAAAUAUCGUAUCGUAUUGUUUACCAACAUGUCAGCGGGGAUGGCGGACGACAGGGACAGGAGCGUUUAUUUGAAGCUGGAGGCCCUCAAGGACAUCAGGGCCAAGGUGGUGGCAGUGGAGCGGCUGCGGGGGAGAUUGGCGCAGGAGGUGGAGGUGGUGCAGACAGAAGAGGCCAGUCUAGCUGAGUAUCGUGCAGAGAUGGAGCUGCUGCUUCAGGAAAAGAUGGCUCAUGUGGAGGAGCUCCGCCAGAUUCACGCUGACAUCAAUGCGAUGGAAAGCAUCAUAAAGUCGGCAGAAGACCUCCGCAACAAGAGUCUUGAGCACGCCCGCCGCCUCUAUGACGAGUACCAUCCCCUCAAGCAGGAGGUGAGUCGGCUGGCAGUGCAGCAGCUGGGACAUGACCUCAACCUGCCAAACCUCACUGCUGAGGAUGACCCUGUACCACCAGAUUUCUUUGAGAAGGCGGGAGUGGAGUGGAGCAUGGAGCAUGAUGACCUGCGUGGUGGUGGCCUAAGCCUGCCCUCACUUGGGGCCAUGAAUGCCCCUCCAUCCUUCUUGUCACCUCAGGCUCCUCUGCCAGCUCCCCUCAGGACCACCCCACACAAAGCUGACCAGAGGCCACUUCCCCCUCCUCCAGGACCUCCCACUCCUUCAUUUAGACAACAGCCACCCCCCAUGAAGUCGUGUCUGAGCUGCCACCAACAGAUCCACCGCAAUGCUCCAAUCUGCCCACUGUGCAAGGCUAAGUCUCGCUCCCGUAACCCCAAGAAACCAAAAAAAAAAGAUUAAUAUGAAGAAUUCUGUAUAAGACAAGAGGCACACCUUUUUUUUAAAUGUUCAGGUAACAGAACAUGUAGUGCUUACUUAAAUGUGAUUACUUUUACCUAGGUCAUUAGGAAUGUGAACCAUGAGAUGAUUUGGCAUAGAAAAGUAAGAUUCUGAGCAUUGUAUUUAUGAGAUUGUUUUUCUGCAGUCAUGAUAGUCACUAGUUCUCAUUGCCUUCAUUUUGAUGCAUAUUUUUAAAUUGAAGAAUGGUCUUUACGGUAUGUAAGGUGUAUGUCUCAUUAGUUAGUGUGCUGAACUAGCAUGGAAAAGCAGUGGGCUUGUCUGGCAGUAAGACAAAAGCCACCACUGACCAAGUUUACAAGGGAAAGGACUAAAAAUUAAUGUGGGAAUGAUUGACACAUAAGCAUCUUCAGUGUAGCUGGUAAGAUUUACAGGAAAAUUGUAGCUAACUGCAAGGAUGCAGAUGACACAGUAGGAAUAAUGGAAAGUAAGGAAGGGUUUAGAAAAGAUAUGUAUUAUGUGGAUUAGAUCUUGUCAAGCAAAAAAAAAAAAAAAAAAAAAAAAAAAAAAAAUGCUACAUUCUUGCACCUUGAGAAAAUGUAUAAUGAUCAACUACACUGAAUUGAACCAUCAUUAAAGACAUUUGUUCAAAGAUCCAAACAGAAGAAAUGGGUUACAUUAAAAAUGCCAGUGACAUGCAUAGAAUGGAUGGUGAAAGUAAUGUUAAUAUGCAUUAUAGACUCAGAUCUAAUAUUUGCUAGAGUUGGAAAGGUGGAGGAAUGUAAUGAGGAGUCAAAUGCAGCACCUAAAGGUGGCUUUGUCAUGGAAGAAGCUAAAAUACCUGAGAGAGAGAGAGCAUAUAGUAUAAUUUUUGUGAUGCAAGAAGACAGUCCCCAGUGAAAUAGGAUAACAGAGUGCUAGUGUGUGUGUUAGAGUGAGGGCAAGAGGAUUGGAGCAUGUAGGGAUAGGAAUAAAUGGAAACUCUUCUGUCAAGCCAUUCCAUUUGUGGGUGUUCUUAGGAACAAGGAUCUGAUGGAUAGAUUGAAAUGCAGCUACAGUGGACCCUCAGACCUCAACCUCAAACUGCUCGGAUCUCGUAUAAUGCAGACUCCAACUAAAAAGUUCAAUAGAUUAUAUCACCAGAGGUCAUAAAACUGGUCCUUGACCCACCAAUACUGGACAAAUGCAUGUCUCAGUUUGUUGUAGUGAGGUGUAGUCACCAUGGCUAAGUCGACCAUUAGUAUCAUAAUUGAAAUCAAGGAUGCUAUCAAAGCAGCCAGUGUUGGCAUAGGAUCUUUAUUAGUGUCUAAGCAAAGACUCUAUCACUGGAGUCAACAGUGGCUGGGACUCUAAGGUCUGUUGUAUAUGUAACUAUCUUGCUACUACCUUACCACCAUCUACAUACACUAAAAUUCAACACCAAAAGAUAAAUAAUAUCAGAUUUAGUUUAAUUUUUAUUUACAUAGGUAAAUCAUAAUACACACUAUGCAUUAUAUAUCAGCCAUGUGAUGUAGUUGUGAUGUUGAAAAUAAUUACAAAAAUGGCCAAACUGUACUACAACAUUGCUCAAUUGUUCCUGCAUCCACCACUGGUCAAUUCUAUGGUUUAGCUUUCUUUAUGUGGGAUGUCUAUGUCUGCCAAUGAUGUAGUCUACAUUGUGGAGUAUAGUUGCACUGUGCUGCAAAAUAGAAACUUUUGAGGAAGAAUCAUUGAAUCUUCUGGUGCAAACAAUGGCUUUCUCAGCAGCUUCUAAAAGAGAGCUUCAAUAAAAUAUUUUUGGACCUGCAAGCUGAAAAUCCAACAGAUUUUGAAAAUUAUACAAGAAUGCAAAUCACUGGAUUUCGUAAAUUGCUGCUAAAAAUUAAGCCAUACAUUUGUAAUUGCUCCGACCCAUUGGAGCUGUAGCUAUGCGUGCCUCCUUCCUCUCUGAACUGGUGCAUUACUGAGUAGACACAUAAAGUCGGAGCGGCCCAUCAACACGCUUGUGAUGCAGCAUCGUCUUGAGAGAGCCGUUUUGCAACACAUCCAUGCAAACCUGCAUGCAUUAUGAUGCAUAGUGUAUACGGUUCUUAAGAGAGGUUUUAGAAUGAAUUAAAAUUAUAUACAUUAUUUCCUAUGGGGAAAACAGUUUUAGAUCUCAACCAAUUCAGCCCUUGAAGCCUUCUGGAACGCAUUGUGUUUGAGUACUGAGGGUCCACUACAUAUUAAGUAAAUUCUUUGUGAAGUGUUGAUUGAUUUUUUUGUCAAGCCAUUCCCUUUGUGGGCAUUCUUAGAAAUGGAUCAGAUGGAUAGAUUGAAAUGCAGCUAUAUUAAAUAAAUUCUUUGUAAAGUGUUGAUGACAGCAUCAGCCUACCUCACCUGUAAGAUAAUAGUGUAAUGUGUGUGUGUGUGUGUGUGUGUGUGUGUGUGUGUGUGUGUGUGUGUGUGUUCACCACAGUCUCCUACUGAUCACCCAGCCAGCCUUUCCCUAACUGAAAGAGCUCAGAGCUCAUAGACUGAUCUUUAGGUAGGACUGAGACCACACCACACACCACGCACCGGGACAGUGAGGCCACAACCUUUCAAAUUAUAUCCCGUACCUACUUGCAGCUAGGUGAACAGGGGCAAUACAUUGAGAGGCUUGCCCAUUUACCUUACCACGCCCAUGACUCAAACCCAGGCCUUAUUGGUUGUGAGCCAAGUAUGCUGACCACUACACUACACAGUGUGUGUGUGUGUGAGUGUGAGUGUGUGAGUGCUUUAUACAAUGUUGGGCUUGUAGUUAUUGGGUUAGCCUGGUAUUGCAGGCACUUGUGUAACUGUACUUACAUGUUACUCCUGUAAGUUUUUUCAGUUUGUACUUAAUAGUAUUUGUAGAAUGUAUUGAAUUACUAAAAUACAUUUCUGUAAUUAUGA